UGUGAUAUUCCACAGAAAAGAUGGCGGACGACAACCCGGAAGUGAAGUGCUCUCCAAAUACUUGCAACGAACUCACGACAAAUGCAGCGGUGCGGGACCAAGAAAACAUGGAGGUGGACCAGAAUGGGCACCAGGAAGAAAACGAUGGGAAAAACUGGGAGCUGACACAGACCGACAAGCUGAACAAGUCCCUCCUAACGUCAUUCCUGGAUCGUCUGAACCAGCAGGAAGCGCCAUUCCCACAGCAGACGGCAGAGGAGGAUGAGAGGUUCGGCACUUCCGGUCCGGAGGAGCAGGAGUUCGAGGACUGUGCGCCGAGCCAGGACAUCCCUCCACUUGUCAGAAACACAGGACCUGUACAAAAUGACUCGUGAAGGACACGUGCAUUUAUGUUAAACACAUCCUUUGUUCAACACAAUUAUGUAACGUUAAUGUCAUUACCAUAGAAAUAAUUAUCAUUCAUGAUCCUAAUUAUCUUUCUUGAACUUCUAUUCUGUGUAACAUAAUGUUGCAUCCAUACUUGAUACCACUUAUAGGAUUCUAUACGUCUACGAAGCAAAUAUAAUGCUUUUCAGAUGAUAGCUAUCAUCUGGUAUCAAUGGCCUUUCCUCUCAUGUUACAUUCAUUUUUGAUUGACUACUGUAACAGUGCGGUUCAAGUGCCACUACCUAAUGCAAUUUUUUUUGCGAUUCCAACAAUGAGACUAGCCAUUGAAAAGGCAUGCAACUUUUGCGAGCUCCAGUCGAAGAUCACAAGACUGUGCAGUGUCAGUGACUACUGAGCCAACAUAGGGGAUCCACAAAACAGACUUAGAGAAUGGGGCAGGCAGUAGUAAUAUCGUUGAGGGGAAGAACAGGACUUUGAUUAUGGUCUCGCACUGCAGAUUUGUGUGUUCAAGAAAUUAAAACAAAAGAGGCCGAAGACUGAUGUUAAACUCAAAGCACAGUCACGACCCUACUGUGCGACACUUCUUUCUUAUGUUAGUUGAGAAGAAUGUUUGUUCAGUAUCUCAAAAACAUAAUGUUGAUUCCUUUGGAGCUACAUGUAUUAAUAAAGUUGACAUAUG